UAGAUUAGUUGCAGCAAAUAAAAAUAGGAUUAUUAAUAGGUAUAAUAUAGUUACGACUACACAAGCAUCGGUUGCGACCCAAACUGCCAGGGAUAUCAUGACGUCCGAAUCCAAAAAAUUGAGUCAUGCAGAUGCUGAUACGCAUCCUAAAACAGCGGAAUUACUGGCUAGACAAGAUCAAUAUACGAUCAACACUUACGCUAGACCACCAAUAAUUCUUACUAAAGGUAAAGGAUGUUGGGUAUUCGAUUUAGGAGAUAGAGCGUACCUGGAUUUUUCAGCAGGUAUAGCAGUUAAUGCAUUAGGGCACGCAGAUGAUGAAUUAGCGAAAGUGAUAGCGGAUCAAUCAUCAAAAUUAGUUCAUUUAUCGAAUCUAUAUCAUAAUGAAUAUGCUGGUGAAUUGGCAGAAUACUUGGUGAAAUCUACAAUAAAUGGAGGUGGAUUUGAAGCGGCAAAAGUAUUUUUUUCAAAUUCGGGUACAGAAGCAAAUGAAGGAGCGUUAAAAUUCUCAAGAAAAUGGGGGAAAUUGAUCAGCAAUGGAGGAAAAGAAAAAUAUGGAGUUGUAUCAUUCAUGAAUGCAUUUCACGGUAGAAGUAUGGGAGCUCUAUCAGCCACCCCAUCACCGAAAUAUCAAACACCUUUCUCACCUUUGGUACCAGGAUUUGUUCAUUCCAAUUACAAUGAUAUAGAAAAGAUACCAGAAUUCGUUAAUGAAAAUACUUGCGCGGUUAUUGUUGAACCCAUUCAAGGAGAAGGUGGUGUUUGGGAGACAAAGGUUGAUUUCUUAGAAGCUUUAAGAAAGAGGUGUGAUGAAGUUAACGCGUUAUUAAUCUUUGAUGAGAUUCAAUGUGGACUUGGACGUACGGGGAAAUUAUGGGCUCAUCAACAUUAUCCUAAAUCAUGUCAUCCAGAUAUAUUAACAAUGGCAAAACCAUUAGCAAAUGGAUAUCCAAUUGGUGCAAUAAUGACCACCAAAAGAGUAGCCGACAUUGUACAAAUUGGAGAUCAUGGUACGACAUUUGGUGGAAGUCCAUUGGCAUGCAGAGCCGCUUUAUCUGUUGUAAGUCGUAUUAACAGUUCGGGAUUAUUAGAAAAUGUUAACAAUGUAGGAAAUUAUUUAUUUAAUGAAUUACAAAGAUUAUCUUCAAAGCAUCCAUCUUUAAUUACCGAAGUUAGAGGGAAAGGUUUAAUUCUUGGUAUGCAAUUCUCUCUUGACCCGAGUCCUUUAGUAAAGAUGGCCAGAGAGAGGGGUUUAUUGAUUAUUACUGCCAGUAAUCAAACCGUUAGGCUUGUACCUCCUUUGAUAUUAACGAAAGAAGAAGCUCAGUUCGGUGUUAAAAUUUUAGAAGAAAUUAUUGAUAUCUUUCAUAAACAAAAUGGUGAUAAAUAG